AUGAAUCGUCACCGCUACGAAUCCGUCCCCCAACGCUCAACAUCCACAACCCACCGCGCCUACGACCCUCAAAUCGCCUCUCCCAUCCCCCUCUCCACCGCCCCCUCCUCCUACAACUUCAACACAGGUCUCCCCUCCUCAGCAUCCUCCCUCAUAGACACCCCCUCCACAACCAACACCCCCAUCCCCAACUCUCCCCCUCCCUCCUUCCACACCCAUUCCUCGCCCGGCACCCCGCGACCAACCCAAUCUAUCCGCUCCGCCUCCCUCUGGGGCGUCGCCCCCUCCACCGUCACCACGGGCGACACCACCUCCAACGACGCACUCGCCACGAUUGCCGGGUUGAAACAGCGCGUCGAAUGGCUCGAAGAAUCCAUCGGUCGCUUACUUCUCGAGAAGGAAGAACGCUCGUCCUCCGCCGCCGACAACACACCGUCUAUAGCGCGCGAUAACUGCUGCGUUAGUUUCACGGACGCGACGCCAGAUCUCGAACGCGCGAUCAUGCGCGGACGCAAUAAUUGCUGUGUUAGUUUCCAGCGCGAGGAGGGGAAACGGGAGAAGGAUAAGAGGGUUAUUGCGUUGAGCGUGGGUGUCUUUAUGGUUUUUUUUAUGUUGAUGUUUGUGUUCUUGAGUGGGGGACGGGGUGGUGGGGGUGGGGGGUAUGGUGUUAGAGGGGGUGAGGGGGGGAAGGGGGGUUAUGGGAUUAAUGGUGUAGAGGAGGGGAUGAAGGAGGGGUUGUCGUGA